AUGAUAAGAAUCAAGAAUCAAAACUCAACCCACAUUCCGCUUGAAUUGGAACCAAAUAGCCAACAACAACAACCACCAUUGACACAAUUACCAGAAAUGUUAUUGUGUACCCUGUGUAAUGAUAUAUUUAAGGAUCCUCGAUGUUUAAAUUGUUUACACACCUUUUGUCUUGAGUGUCUGGUGGAAGAAAGUUUCAAGCAAGAUGACGAGGAAGUGACGGAGGAGGAAUCUAGUAAUCCUUUUACAUCGAAUAUACCAAUACCACAAUAUCGAUCAUCGUCGAGCAGCAAUGAAAGGAAUUUCAAAGCGCUUAAAAUAACAUUUCGGAAGCGUAAUAAGGUGCUCAAAGCCAUCUCAGGCAAGGACAAGGAGGAGUUCUUGGCUACUUACAACUGUGCUGCCCCUGUUUGUACUUUGUUAAUUAGUGAUUCGCAAUGGAGAAUGCUUCAAACCACACAGAAUAAUGCCCUAUGUACCACAACCGAAUGUGUCUUGAUGAAGAGUGUGGAUCAGGAGGCAAGGAUACUAUUAUAUUUUGGCGCAAUUUCCAAGAUGUCACGAUACAACGACUGCCAUUCGGCUGAAGAGGUGGAAGAUUGGGUGGAGGAGGACGACGAUGGUGAUUUGCCAGCAUUAUUUAAGGAUAAAAUUAAGACACCAACACCACAGUUGCGCACCAAUUCCCCCUCAUUAUUACGAAAGUAUUCAAUGUCCUCCUCAGCCGAAAUGAAAGCGGAAAAUCAAAAUUCAGAAAUAUCGGGAUCCUCAACAAUAUCUCUACAAAAGCGGGCAUCAUUUAGUUUCAAACUACGUAGAUCUUCUGAACAAUCACCAGCAAGGAUCAAAGUCGACAGCAAUCGUAUAUCUCCAGAUUUGACGGCAAUGGUGGUAAAUCAAUUUCAAUCACUUGGAAAUAUAAAAUGUUCACUAAUCAAAUGUAAGCUAUGUGGAUUUGUAACCGAAAUUCCCGUGGGCGGUUUACGUCAAUUGCCGCGUAAUCUGUUGGUGGUGCGUAAAAUUGAAGAUCAUCGAAAUAAAAUUUCCGGUGAAAAUUAUGCGUUAUGUAGUCUGUGCUAUGAGGAGACGAGGGCCAAUCAUUUUUGUGAAUUGUGUAAUUUGAAUUUAUGCCUCCUCUGUAAGGAGUCGCAUGAGCGACAAAAGACCACCGCUAACCAUAGCCUUCGAACAAUUACGAUUGACACGAAAUCCCCUACCAUCUCUCCAAAGGAUAAUCCACUAUUUAAUAGAUUAUCACAAAAUUGUACGCUUCAUCCGGGGUUCGAAUUAAAAUCAUUUUGUCACAAUUGUCUGCAGGUGGCUUGCAGCGAUUGUCUAGUUCUACAACAUAAAUGUCAUCGUAUCGAUGGUAUUGAGAAAGCGGCAAAAUUGUAUUCCAGUAUUUUACGUGAUUCUGCUGAACAGAUACGAUUGAUAUGUAAAAGUUCGGAACAUUCUUUGGAGAAAUUGAAUGCUUCAAUGCUAAGCAUUAAUCGGAAAUGUGAUGAAUUGCAGACGGAAAUUGAAGAUUUUAUGCGUCGCUAUCGGGAAGCUGUUGAAGUGCAUCGCAGCAAUUUAAUGCAACAAAUUCGUACGACGAGGGAAACGAAGCUCGGAUUGAUUGGAGAACAACAAAUGGAAUUAGAAAAACGUACCCAAGAGGGUCAAAUGGCCGUUGGGUUUAGUCAAGAAUUGGCAGAAGUUGCAACUGAUGUUGAAAUUUUAUCUUUUAUAAAAAUCCUAUUGAAACGUUUUGAAUAUUGUCAACAAUUUAAGGCAUCAAUUGAUCCAAAGAUAAUCAACAUACCAAAUUUUAUGCCAAAAAUACAAGCACCAAUUGCCAAAGAUACCAAUGAUAUACCUGUGUUUGGAGUUUUAUCUAUGCAAACUGUGGAACCGUCAGCAUGUACCCUACAAUGGGAUGGAUUUUCUCAAUUGCGUAUUAAUAAAAAAGUGGAAUUAACAUUGAUAUCUCGCGAUGCGGAGGGUCAGCCGAUGAGCCAUGGUGGUCUUAAGAUUCAAACUCAUGUAAAAUACAAGGAUCUUAAUUCCAAGUGCCUGAGGAUGGAGGUCACCGAUAAUUGUGAUGGCACCUAUGGCAUUGCCUUUACCCCAGAUGCGGAAGGCACGAUCAUUCUCAUGAUUACCAUAAAUGAAAAGCAUAUUAAGGGUAGUCCUUUUAGUUUCUUGGCUCGUCCGGUGAGGCCGCAUACCGGUAUCUAUCAUUGCUGUACAUUUUGUUCGAGCAAAGGAAAUAAAUUUGCAACUUGCUCUUGUCAGGGCAGUAUGCCGGGAUAUAAUGGUUGUGGUCAUGGCCAUACAGGGCAUCCCGGACGUCGUCAUUGGUCAUGUUGUGGAGAGGUUUCGAGAAAUUCCGAAUGUCAUUUUGCCAAUAGGUCGUUGAAUCCAAA